UACAACUACAGGAAUGCUCUCUCGCAUACGUACUGACUGAAUCAUGGAUCCACUCAGUGUCACGGCUAGCAUUAUCGCUAUCCUGCAACUAACCGCGAAAGUCGGCGAGGCAUUAGGCGAUGCAACAGACGCCUCGACGGACCGUAGCCAGUUCACAGCCGAUCUAUCGAACCUGUCAAGUCUGCUUGUCAGCUUGUUAACUCGUCUAGAAGAAGGCUCCAACGACCCAUGGCACGCGAACGUCAGGCGACUGGGCGGCAAGGAUGGAAUUAUCUCUCAGUACCGUGUUGCGUUGGAACAACUGAAGGAUAAGAUAUCUGAUGCACAUCGGAUACAGAAACUGGCGAAGACGAUACUCUGGAAACACAUCAAAGGCGAUGCUGAGCGCAUUCUAUCAAGGGUAGAGCGACUGAAGUCGCUAGUGCUUAUAGCCCUUGAAAUGGACCAUUUCAAGCUAUCCCAGAGCAUUAGGAGCCGCAUCGAUUCCCUUCGGGACGACACUAAACCAUUGAGAAAGGGAGUUGAUGCCCUACAGCUGGACCGGGAACGUCAGAAGCACCGCCGAAUCAUGGACUGGCUAUCUUCAGAUGACUUACCAGCUCAACAUGCAGACUUCAUUUCUCGCAGGCAAGCAGAUACUGGACUGUGGUUUCUGGACUCGCCCCAGUUCACCGAGUGGGUCCAUGGCGCAGGCCAGACGCUGUUCUGCCCUGGCAUUCCUGGGGCUGGCAAAACAAUGAUGGCUGCAAUCGCAGUGGAUCAUCUCCAAAGCACAGUGCAAGCUCCUGACGUAGGUGUCACGUAUCUGUACUGCAACUACACAACGCAGGCAGAUCAAACGACUUCUAGUUUGCUCGCUGCUAUUCUGAGACAACUUGUACAGGAUCGGCCAUCGCUUAUGCAGCCCAUAUCGGAUCUGUACGAACACCAUUCGGGGCGCAAAACCAAACUUUCGUUGGGCGAAACAGUUGGGGCUUUACGAUCUGUGCUCGGUCACUACGCCAAAGUGUACAUUGUUAUAGACGCUCUAGACGAAUGUCAAGGGCGAGAUGGUACACGGAACAAGCUGCUAAGCUUUUGCCGAGAUCUGCAACAGCAAACAGUUCUGCGUCUUAUGGCUACAUCACGACACAUAUCUGACAUAGUAGAGAAGUUCGACGGCACGCCUCAGUUAGAGGUGCGCGCGAGCGACGCAGAUGUAAAACGAUAUGUAGUCGGCAAGAUUGACCAGCUUGCCAAAUGCAUCCAACGCGACGACGAACUACAGGGACUUGUUCAGAACAAGGUCGCGGGAGCAGUGGAUGGAAUGUUCCUGCUUGCCCGCCUCCACGUCGAUUCGCUUGCCGAUAAGAGAACCAAAGCCAAAGUCAUCUCGGCGCUGAACAACCUGUCCAAGGGCGAUGAGGCGCUCAAUGAUGCGUACAGCGAGACAAUUGUGAGGAUAGAUGGCCAACUACGUCAAGACGGCAUCCUAGCGAAGAGAGUCCUUUCAUGGAUCUCGUAUGCAAAGCGGCCACUGACUACAGCAGAAAUCUGCCAUGCCUUGGCAGUAGAAUCAGAUGAUGACGAAUUCAAUUCAGACAACAUUCCAGAUACUGAGGACAUCCUAUCUGUGUGUGCUGGUCUUGUCACAGUCGACGGAGGGAGUCAGGUAAUUCGCCUUGUGCACUACACAGCCCAAGACUACCUGGAAAGCAUACGAGAGACGUGGAUCCCCCACGCCCGGUACGAAAUUGCGUCUAGUUCGGAUUCAUAAGGUACGCUGCCCAAUAUUUGCAUCACCAUAUAGCUCCUGUAGAAGAAGAGAUAUGCGACCGGUCGAUGGAUCUGUUCCAGGACAGUAAACG